ACUUGUUACCCAAUCAAACGAGUAAUAGGAGUUGUUUACACACAUAAAAAGUUCCCAGAAUAUUACAAAAUACAUCCACCAUUUUCUCCUUUACUCUUUCUCAGUGUGAGAAAAUCUAGAGAAAAACUGCACCGCUACAGUGUAAUGACAGUAGUUGCUACUUGCUAGGGAUUUUAUAAAUUGAACAAUUGAUUAUGGAAAUGUCUAGUAGAAGAUCAAAUUACACUUUAUUAAAUCAAAUCCCUGAUGAUAAUUUUGACUUAAACGAUCACCACCACCACAUGAUGUUACAAUCACACAACCGGGUCGGGUCAUUUCCCUUACUACCCGGUUCGAUCGGGUCGAACAGGCAAUCAAGUGAGGGUAGUUUCGGUAAUAGCUCUAUUUCCGGUGAGACCUACGUGGCUAAUGACGGCUGCUUUGGCGGCGGCGGCGGUUCAUCGGCGGCGGCGAGGAGUUGGGCACAGCAAACGGAAGAGAGUUAUCAGUUGCAAUUAGCGUUGGCGAUACGGCUUUCUAAUGAAGCAACGUGUGUUGAUAAUCCGAAUUUUUUGGAUUCUGUUACUGAUGCAUUGGCGGCAACACGAGAUUUAGAUGAUUCGUCUGCUUCAGUUGAAUCAAUGUCGCAUCGGUUGUGGAUAAAUGGAUGCUUGUCGUACUUUGACAAAGUCCCUGAUGGAUUAUAUUGCAUUUAUGGGAUGGAUCCAUAUGUUUGGACUGUCUGUUCAGUUCUGCAAGAAAGUGGCCGUAUUCCAUCGAUUGAAUCAUUGAAGGCAGUUGCUCCCUCUAAAGCACCAUCUGUUGAAGUGAUUUUAAUUGAUCAGUGUAAUGAUCCCCACUUGAAGGAACUACAGAAUAGAAUUCGUAGCAUAACCUCUAGUCGCAUAACCAGAAAAGAAGCUGUUGAUCAGCUUGCCAAGCUGGUUUGCGAUCAUAUGGGGGGUGCGGCUCCUGCUGGAGAAGAUGACUUGGUUUCCCGGUCGAAGGAUUGCAGGGAUGACCUGAAGGAUUGUCUAGGAACUAUCGUGCUUCCCAUUGGUACCCUGUUUGUUGGGCUUUGCAAGCAUCGAGCUUUGCUUUUUAAAGUGCUAGCUGACAUCAUUGAUUUACCAUGUCGAAUUGCCAGGGGAUGUAAAUAUUGUAAUAGCUCUGAUGCUUCCUCAUGUCUAGUUCAAUUAGGACUUGACAGGGAAUACCUGGUUGAUUUGAUCGGUAAGCCAGGAGCUCUAGGCGAACCGGAUUCCUUGCUCAAUGGUCCAUCUUCCAUCUCAAUUUCUUCACCCUUGCGCUUCCCGAGAUACAGACAAGUUGAACCUACAAUUGAUUUCAGGUCACUGGCCAAACAGUAUUUCUUGGAUAGUCAAUCACUUAAUCUACUGUUUGAUGAUUCUGCAGCUGGAGUUGCAGCUGAUGGAGAUGCAAAACAAUCAGACAGAAGUUGCAUGGAUAGAAACAAUGCAGUCCCUAGUUCAAGUAAUCGUGCUGAAAUUUCUCGGUUACCUCUGUCUCCAUUAAAUGCAUGGAAAAAUGGACGAGAUAAAGAAUCUCAACUUUCGAAAAUGUAUAAUCCUCCAAGUAUGGACACGGACCCGGUUCUUGUGAAUCAUGUCCCUCCAAUACGGGAAGAUGCUCAACUGAUGGUAUUAUCUCACCCAAGAGCAGAUACAGUAACAGAUUCUAGGUUUCUUGCUGGAGGAGGUCAUGUCGUUUCUGGUACAACAAGUGAAGAACUUGCUCUUGAUGUAGAAGAGUUCAAUAUUCCGUGGAAUGAUCUGGUUCUGAGGGAGAAAAUUGGGGCAGGGUCUUUUGGUACUGUUCACCGUGCUGAUUGGAAUGGCUCUGACGUUGCCGUGAAGAUUCUCAUGGAACAAGAUUUUCAUCCGGAGCGAUUCAAGGAAUUUUUGAGGGAGGUUGCAAUUAUGAAGCGGUUGCGACAUCCAAAUAUUGUACUUUUUAUGGGUGCUGUCAUUCAGCGACCAAAUUUGUCCAUAGUUACAGAAUAUUUGUCGAGGGGUAGCUUAUUUAGACUUCUUCAUAAACCUGGUGCAAGAGAGAUGUUGGAUGAAAAGCGUCGGUUGUGUAUGGCUUACGAUGUGGCAAAUGGGAUGAAUUAUCUACACAAACGCAAUCCUCCCAUUGUGCACCGAGAUUUAAAAUCUCCAAAUCUGCUAGUGGACAAAAAAUAUACAGUGAAGGUCUGUGAUUUUGGUCUUUCUCGUUUGAAAGAGAAUACAUUCCUUUCAUCAAAGACUGCUGCCGGAACUCCGGAAUGGAUGGCGCCUGAAGUUAUUCGUGAUGAGCCAUCAAAUGAGAAAUCUGAUGUAUAUAGCUUUGGUGUCAUUUUAUGGGAGCUCGCAACACUCCAAAAACCAUGGAGUAAUUUGAAUGCGUCACAGGUUAUAGCAGCUGUCGGCUUUGACAGGAAGAGGCCUGAUAUUCCAAGAAACUUGAAUCCUGCAGUGGCGACUAUUAUUGAGGCCUGCUGGGCUGAUGAGCCGCGGAGACGCCCCUCCUUUUCCACUAUCAUGGAUAUGCUGAGACCGCAAAUUAGAUCUCCUCUACCUCAAUCAGGUCACACAGACAUGCAGUUGCACGCAUGAAUACGUGUGAUAACCGUAUGAUUUCUGCACAUAUUUUGCAUUUGGCCAUGUUUCUGGAUUAUGUCAGGCUUGUAUCUAUGCAUAGUAGUUCAGACUUCCUGUGGAUAAAACUAAGUUUUCUUGUCAAAUUCAAGCAGCUGCCCAUUGCCUUACUCCUUUGCAUUGGGCAUGACCAAGUGAUUUUGUUCAAUGUCAAUUUUUGUAAUCUUUGUCUAGAAUUCAUGUUUGUAUAACUAUAUGUAAAAGCAUUAUAAUGGAACUUUGGGUCAUAGAAAUGCUCACAUAAAUCACACACCAUGUUAGUGUGUGCUUUAUGGUGACAUGUACGUUUGUUUCA